CGCGGGGCGCAGGGCGCAGCGGCCGGAGCGGGGUCCCCGGAAGCGCCAGCCGGGCGGGCACGGCGGGGCGCCUCCACCUGGGGCGGGGAGGGAGCGGCGAAGGCCCCCGCCCGGCUGAGGGGAGGAGGGCCGUAGGGGGCGCAGAGUGGCCCGCGUCGCCGCGGAGAUGGCGCGGCACGUGCGGUGACGGUGCCCGCGCCCCGAGGGUCCCAGCCUCGCGCCCCGCGUCGCCGGGCGAGCAUGGAGCGCCCGGAGCCCGAGCUGAUCCGGCAGAGCUGGCGGGCGGUGAGCCGCAGCCCGCUGGAGCACGGCACCGUGCUGUUCGCCAGGCUGUUUGACCUGGAGCCCGACCUUCUGCCGCUCUUCCAGUACAACUGCCGCCAGUUCUCCAGCCCGGAGGACUGCCUGUCGUCCCCUGAGUUCCUGGACCACAUCAGGAAGGUGAUGCUCGUGAUUGACACUGCAGUGACCAAUGUAGAGGACCUGUCCUCACUGGAGGAGUACCUUGCUGGCCUGGGCAAGAGGCACCGUGCAGUGGGUGUGAAGCUCAGCUCCUUCUCGACGGUGGGGGAGUCCCUGCUCUACAUGCUGGAGAAGUGCCUGGGCCCCGCGUUCACACCAGCCGUGCGGGCCGCCUGGAGCCAGCUCUACGGGGCCGUGGUACAGGCCAUGAGUCGAGGCUGGGAUGGCGAGUAAGAGGCGGCCGCUGCUCAGCAGCCUCCACCUGGAGGCCCCCGUCGGUCUGUGUCUGCCUGUCGCUCUGUGUCUGUGGUCGCCCAGGCUCCCUUAGGCCUCCCUGCAUCUUGGUCCUUGUCCCCUUGGCUGUUCUGGAGAGGUGAUAGAGCUGGACUGGGUCUCUGUGCCCUUACCUCCAACUGUAGACAGGGAUGGGUGGCUUUUCCUUCAGGAAGGGGCUUCUGGAUUUCCCCGCACCCCCAGUAGCUUCUUCCCUUCCUGCCUUCUCUUCCCUCUGGCACACCCCCCUCCUCUAGGAGAGAGCAGUGUUUUGGUCACAGAGGUGGCAUGGGACUGGGAAG